UUACGGCUUCUAGUACAAAACAGAACGUGAAUGGAUUCUUAGAUUUCUUGGAGAAGGGUUGCGUGAUAAACAUUGCUACGAGCUUUAUGACUACCAGAGGAUUUUCCAGGUCAUUCUUUCCUUUUUCAACAGUCCUUUGUGUGAUGAGGGAUCCCAGAGUCGUAUCCUGGAGAUACUGCAAAAUGCUGCCCAUGUCACCAGAGCUGCCUAUGAGCUGAUACAAGACCAUAGCCUCUUAACAUGGAUACUGCAAAUCCUGGAGAAAAGGUUUCUGGAAAACAAGCUGUUAAAUAAAAUUAUUUCCUUACUCCAUACUCUGUGGCUAACAAAUUUAGGAGGCAAGAGAGAAAGCAAGAAUCAAUCCCAGGAGAACAGGAAGUUUCUUCCUAUUCAGCUUGUAAAUGAAUUUCUGUAUAUUUUGAUCACAUUAAUCAAACACAUUCGGGCUAAUUUAGAUCUAGUCAAACUGACUCAGUUUUUCAGUACACUCCGUUCUGUGCUGGAGUAUCGUGCUAUAGUUGUUGAGGCCUUCAAAGAAAUGAGCCGCUUCACGGUGAAUGACAGCGUUCUCUCAAACAAAGACAUCCUGCUGCUGCUGCAUAAGUGGAGCGUCAUCGGAAAGGAUCUGCAACUGCAAGAGGAUGUGCAGACUCUUGCUCAGAAAUACCAAAUAAAAGAAUUGCUUAUUAAAGAAAAGAACAAAUCUCAAGCCUCAUCCCAUGCACAUCAUCGCAUUCAGAAAAAGAAUGAGAUAGAAAGAGAACACGACGGUGCUGCAGACCUGAAAGUCUCUGAGCUGGAGAAAUGCAGAGAUCAUCUGAAUUCCAUAUUUGCCCACUGGGAGCCUGUUUUCCCAGCAGUGCCUACCAGGCAUUCAGGGGACCCCUCCAUAUCUGCCGACCCUGCGGAUGAAACAGUCAGCCUUACCUGUGCGUCCACUUAUGUAGUAACUAAAUGGCUCCUGAAGUCCAUGGUUGAGCACAGCCUCAACACGCAAAACGUUCCGUUAACUCUGCGGUGGCUGCAGAAUUGCAUCUUGCCACACCCAGUGGCAGUGCAGGAGAUGCUCAGGGAUGAGACACUGAGAAACAACAUCUUCAAGUUUUACACCCGGAUCUGUGAGGCCAGCAGCGGGACAGCUGGACUCUUUAAAGAGCUCUGUUUGUUCAGCUCGAUCAUGCUUGACCUAAUGGAUGCUCAGGGCCUGACCAACAACAGCUUUCAUGAACUUGUGAAAACCUUGUGCCUGUCAGCAACGACAGAAGAGGAUGCAAACAAGAAAGCUGUUUGCAUAUUCCUGACUUCUGUUUACAUUGGGGACAUAUGGCUUGGAGCGCAGGAGCUAGAUAUGUUAAUAACCCAUGCCAAAUUGAUCUGCAGUAGUAUAGAUGAUAAAUUAAAAGGUGAUGACUUGGAAGCUCAUAAACAAGGAGAAGAAAUUAUUAUGCCUCUGUGCAAAACCCUUUACUUGGCUACGUUGGGGCAUUAA